UCUUAAAUCUAUGGAUUUUUGAAAGGAAGAGCUUGCAUCUAAGACAAACCUUUAUAGAAAGUGUUUUAGGGUUUGCCUGACUUACGCUUCCAUUUUGCUAUUUCCUUCUUCAAGACUAAUUCAAGUUCCAUUUCCCCCCAUUUCUAGGGUUUGUUUUUUUAAUUUACUCUUCUUUGAUUAGGGUUUGUGCAAAAAAAGAAGAAAAAAAUGGCGUUCUCAAUGCAACCUCAUGGCAUACAAUCGAUGCUUAAGGAAGGUCACAAGCAUCUCUCAGGUCUCGAUGAAGCUGUUUUGAAAAACAUCGAUGCUUGCAAGCAACUCUCAACAAUCACCCGCACUUCCCUCGGCCCCGACGGUAUGAAUAAGAUGGUUAUUAAUCAUUUAGACAAGCUCUUUGUUACCAAUGAUGCUGCUACCAUUGUCAAUGAGCUUGAGGUUCAGCAUCCGGCGGCAAAGAUAUUAGUUCUGGCGGGUAAGGCUCAGCAAGAGGAAAUUGGUGAUGGGGCUAAUUUGACAAUUUCUUUUGCCGGAGAGCUUCUCCAAAAUGCUGAGGAGCUUGUUAGGACUGGCUUGCAUCCGAGUGAGAUAAUCAGUGGAUAUACUAAAGCAAUUACCAAGACACUUGAGAUUUUGGAGGAGCUUGUAGAGAAAGGUUCUGAGACUAUGGAUGUACGGAAUAAAGAGCAAGUUGUUAGUCGAAUGAAAGCUGCUGUUGCUAGCAAACAAUAUGGACUGGAAGAUAUAUUGUCUUCCCAUAUAGCUGAUGCUUGCAUCCAAGUCUGCCCCAAGAACCCUGUGAACUUUGAUGUUGAUAAUGUCCGUGUGUCAAAGCUUGUUGGAGGAGUUUUGCAUAAUUGCACAGUAAUUAGGGGAAUGGUUUUAAAAGGUGAUGCUGUGGGAAGUAUAAAACGUGUGGAGAAGGCGAAGGUGGCUGUGUUUGCUACUGGUGUUGAUUCAACUGCUACUGAAACAAAAGGAACUGUUUUGAUUCACUCUGCUGAGCAGCUGGAGAAUUAUGCAAAAACUGAAGAAGCUAAGGUUGAGGAGCUCAUUAAAGCAGUUGCUGAUUCUGGUGCCAAAGUUAUUGUUAGUGGUGGAGCAGUCGGGGAAAUGGCAUUGCAUUUCUGUGACCGUUACAAAUUAAUGGUCUUGAAAAUCAGCUCAAAGUUUGAACUACGACGCUUCUGCCGCACAACAGGCACUUCUGCUCUUCUGAAACUCAGCCAACCAAAGCCAGAUGAUUUGGGAUUUGUUGAUUCAAUUUCAGUUGAGGAAAUCGGUGGUUCUCGGGUCACUGUUGUGAGAAGUGAAGAUGGGGGUAACAAGGUUGCCACUGUGGUUCUGCGAGGAAGUACUGAUAGUAUAUUGGAUGAUCUUGAAAGAGCUGUUGAUGAUGGAGUCAAUACAUAUAAGGCAAUGUGCAGAGAUAGUCGUAUAGUACCUGGAGCUGCUGCUACAGAAAUCGAGUUGGCGAGAAGACUGAAAGAGUUCUCCUUCAAGGAAACAGGAUUGGAUCAGUAUGCCAUUGCUAAGUUCGCUGAAAGUUUUGAAUUGGUACCGAGAACCCUGGCAGAGAAUGCUGGACUGAAUCCAAUGGAUAUUAUUUCUAAGUUGUAUGAAAAGCAUGCAUAUGGGAAUGCUAAAGUGGGCAUCGACUUGAGGGGAGACGACUCUGAGGAUGGUGUUUGCAAGGAUGUCUCAACCGUGAAUGUUUGGGACCUUUAUGUCACUAAGUUUUUGGCUCUCAAAUAUGCUGCAGAUGCUGCCUGCACUGUGUUGCGUGUAGAUCAGAUUAUCAUGGCGAAACCAGCUGGAGGUCCAGCGAGGAGAGAUCAACCUGCAGGAAUGGAUGAGGACUAAAUCUUGCAUGGUAUGAUUGAUUUCCCAUCUCUUGUAUCUCACCACCCCGUAUUCGGACUUUGUUUAGGCAUCUAUUUUAUUAUUAUUAUUUUUUAUUUUUAGAUGCUAAAACGAGCUCGACAGAAUUUUGCAUGUGAUUUUAGAAUGUUUACGGUGGGGAGUAGUGGUGAUCUAUGUUUUUAGUGUAUUACCCUAACCUAUAUUAGGGCCUGGGGUAGGGAGUUAGAAGAUCGUCUUAUUCAUAUCUUUCUCGAUUUUACAUGGAUGUUGGUUAUAUCAUAGCCUAUAUUACACGAACCCAUUCAUUUUCUCUAAGUACCUAUAUUUAACACUUAUGUUUGAUACAUAUCUAGAUAUGUAUAUAAAGGGAUUACAUAAGUUUGGGUCAGAUAAAUUGAUUUGAAUAGACUUUUAUGCAUUCCUACUGAGGGAGGGAUUUAGUGAUAAAUUCAAUUAUUAUGUAUUAAAUGGACAAAUCUAAUUCAGAAUAAAACUUGAGAUUUAGUUAUUUCGUGCAA